GCCUAUCGAACACUAGGUUCUGAAAAUAAAUGCCUCGUGUAUCCUCCCUUAGCUAUAAGUCUAUACGAACUACGUUAUCGUACCUUAGAAAAGGUUCUCCCGGAAGACUUACUCAAGCCAGUUUUGAUCUAUAUACUUCUUGCUAUCGACUUUCUUCACACGGAAGCCAAGAUUAUUUAUACUAAUAUACAAGAAAAUAAUAUUAUGCUUAGUGUGGAAGAUAAGUUAAUUCUAGUCAAUUUUGAGGAAGCAGAAAAGACCAGCCCGAACCCUUGCAAAAUUAUUAGAGAUCGGGUGAUCUAUUCCUCCCGAGACCUAGGAAUCCCAAAUGUGUAUGGUCGUCCUAUCUUGUCGGACUUUGGGGAAGCUCGCUUUUGCUUAAGCUUAGGCAUGCAGUGGAAGGACAUUCAGCCUUUAGUUUACCGGGCGCCAGAGACCUGGGAUCUUUUUGAGCGGAAGCAUCUCUUCUACGCCUGCGAUUCAAAUGUCGUCUCAUGUGGCGAGGGUGGAAAUGAUGUUAGCUCCGUUAGCACAUGUUCGACGAAGACCGAUACCGUGGAGGCUUCAUCGUCGACUAGCUCGAGCAGCAUUAGCUCGACUGGAGCAAUCUCUACGGCCUCGACGCACGUUCCUGCAACGACAACUGCCGCCACUGUUUCGUCUACUGCUACCAGUAGUGCUGGGAAGCUUAGAGCUCCCGUUGUUUUCCAACUUUGGGCAUGA